AAACAAUGCCAGAAGACGAAGAAGCCAAAGUAAUUGAAGCUAAUCUCUUGAAGUUGGCCGAAUGUGAAAAAAGUAUGGAUCAGGCAGAAAGGGAGGCCGAGAUCUACAGGAUCAAGAAAACGCAGGGGAUUUUCCGUGAUCGAAGACAUAUUCUCGUUAAUAUCCCAAACUUCUGGUACAUCAUUCUUGCUGAAAACGAUGACUUUUCAGAUUACAUUAGUGUUGAAGACUUGAAAUACUUGGAAUACAUCGCAGACAUAUAUGUACAUUACAAGGUCACUGACGGUGAUGCCGACUUGAAGAAUCCUAAGGACUUUUCCAUCUCAAUAACGUUCAAGAGCGAUAAGGAAUUGGUGCCAAACCAGACAGUUACCAAGCAUUUCGAAGUGGAAGUAGAAGACGGCGAAGAGAAGAUCACGUCUGAACCUGUGGAAGUCCAAUGGCCCCAGGAAUUGGGAACCAUCAAUCCUCACUUGAUUAAACAGCGAAAAGGUAAAGACAUGUCCAAGGAAGACAAGAAGAAUUAUAGGCUAGGCAUGAAGUCCUUUUUCUCGUGGUUUUCAUGGACGGGGAAGAAGCCAGGAAAAGAGUUCAGAGAUGGUGAAGACUUAACCAGAUUGAUAACUGACGACUUAUUCCCUUAUGCUGUCAAGUACUACACCGAAGCAUUACCUGGUGCCGAUAACGAUGACGCCGAUACUUCGGAUCCUGAAGAGUUGGACUUGGAAGAUGACGAAGAAGAGGAAGAGGAAGAGGAAGAGGAAGACGAGGACUCUAAGAGAAAACCAGAGGAUCAAUUAGGUGCUGAUAGCAAGAGACAAAAGUAAAUAGAAAAUUCACGACAAAAGACAGUAAUAGGUGGUACGUAGCCUUUUAUGUUGGUUUAUACCCUAGUUUCUAUGUCUCGUAUU